CUGCAGAGACAAGACAGGCCCAGCUGCAGCCUGGUAAAACCUGAGGACACAGAUUUGUGGUGUCCAGGGGAGGUCCAGGAGUGCUGCUGGUUGCCCAGCAAGAGGCAUGAGCUGCCCGGCUGCAGGGUGAGCUCCAGCCCAGGUGUGCACAGGCAGGUCCCACCCCUACCCUGUCAGGGCUUGGUCUGCAGCCCUGCAGCCUGAAAAUGGAAAGUGGCAAGUUUCACAUAAAUGAGAGGAAGAACUUUGCUGUGAGAGUGAGUGGAACAGGUUGCCCAGCGAGGUUGUAGAGUCUCCUUCUCUGAAUAUACUCAAAAGCCAUCUGAACACAGCCAUGGAUACCCAGGGAACCCUAUUUCAGUGGGGAGGUUGGACUAGAUGACUUUCACUGGUCCCUUCCAACCUCUCCCGUCCUGGGAUUCUGAUUCUGUGACCUGUGGAGAUGAGGCACAAAGUCCCAGCAGUGCUGCCCACCGCGGGGGUGGCAGGUAAGGCGUGUGCUCCCCUGGGAGGGCGAUCGUGGGCCUGUCUGUGUGUGUCUGUCCGUGCCCGCGAGUGUCUGUGAGUGUCCCUGCGUGUCUGUGAGUGUCCCCGUGUCUGUCUGUCCGUGCAUGGCGGUGUGGCGGUGCUGCGGCACCAUCUCGUGGCCAUCGGGACCGGGCUCCGCGGGCCCGGCAGAGCCGGGGGAGCGCCGGUGGGACAUGGAUGUGUACGAUGUUGACGUCGGAAAGGGAUAAGGCUGUUGAAAAUGUGCAGUAGUUUGUUUUUAAAUUUGCCAAGAAACGUGCAAUGAAACCCAGUAAGCAGAAGCCGAGCUUUUACAGGAGCAGGUGAAAAUGGAAGUUUAAAUGCAAUCAGUGCAAUUACCCACUGGGAAGUAACACAUAUCCUCUCAGUUUGUCUUUGCCUCAAAAUGAGCAUCCCACAGGAUGCCCUGCACUAGCCAGGGGCUCUGGUGUCACCGUGGGAGGGUCUUUGGCUUGCACUGGGGUGCAGCACACAACACUAGGGUCAGCAAGGUGUGGAGCUGUGGGGCUGAGCACAGAGCCCAGGUGUUGUAUCUGUGGAGCCAUAAAUGUUUCAUUGUUUAUAAGCAUUAAGAAAGGCUUCAGAACCACACUUUUAGCUACAUAAGGCAGAUCCUGAGGAAUGAAACAGCUGUCUGUUGUGUCGAUGGGAGUGGUGUUUGUGAAACUAUAGAGUUACCCUGCUGGAGAUACGGGACCACAGAGACCAUUGCCUGCAAACAGGCUGGCCUGGAGAUCUUCAGCUUUCCCUGGAUGUGAUGAGUCAAGUGGUGCCAGCAGAUAACGCCUGGGGAGUACGUGACUGCGUCCCCUCCAAGGGGUUUCUGCCGUGGCCUCCUGCACUGGGGACCCAGCUCCUCUGCUGGCUCCCCGGCUGUCCCUUAUCUCCCCACACAGACUUGUGUCCUGACCUCACGUGAAACUGAGCUCCAUGCCUGGGACGUGGAUAAAGAGCUGGCCAGGUGCUGAGACCCCCAUCCGGUGUCCUCACUCCUUGCAUGGCAUGGCUCCAGUGGCUGAACUCGUUUGCAAGUGCUCAGCCAAGACAAUGUACCAGCAUUUCCUUUUCCUUUUCCUCCUCUCCUUCAAUCCCCAUAAAUGCCAAGAUCAAAUCCCAGGUGAAGAUCCAUAUGAAAUGCCCAAAGACUACCAGGAGGUCUACAGAGGGACAAAAAACGAUGUCAAAGAGAUCCCAAAGAUUGCAAAGCCCUUUGUUUCUGAGAUGAUCUUUGUGCAAACCAGCAUCACUUCUAUAAGUAAAGGUGCCUUCAGGUACAUGCCCAACCUGAUCAAGAUUUUGUUCAUUGGCAACAAGAUCAAGACUGUUGAACCUGGAGCCUUUGAUAAUUUGGACAAGUUGAGAGACUUGGACAUCUCUGGUGCCUCAUUAGAAAAACUAUCUGUGGGCACUUUCCAAAACCUCCGAAGUUUACAGAGGCUGGAGCUGAGAGACAGCCAGCUCAGAUCCAUCCCCAAAGGCCUGUUUGAUGGGCUGGAAAGUCUGGGAGAGCUCUCCCUGCACAUCAAUGCAAUCCCUUCUCUUCCAGAAGGCAUUUUUGAUUCACUUGUCAAUCUAACUUUUUUGGACCUGUCUAGAAACAGGAUCACAACUCUUCCUGUGAAUGCCUUUAGCAAACUCACCCAGCUGCAAGUCCUCCGGCUGUAUGAGAAUGAGCUGCAGGAUCUCCCAGAGGGACUGCUAGACAGUCAGCUGGAGCUGCUGGAGCUCAGCCUCCAGAGGAACAGGCUCAGGGCACUGCCACCCAUGCUUCUGAGGAGCCUGCCUCACCUGGAGAAACUCUUCUUGGACAACAACCUCAUCAGGGUUCUCCCACCUCAGGGCUUUUUUGGUUUAAACAAACUGAAGUUGCUGACUCUGGGCUCAAACCAUAUUAUGGAGCUCCCCUGCUGCCUUUUUGACACCAUGCCACACUUGCGGGAGCUGGAUCUGGGCAGGAACAGUUUGGCCACACUUCCAGAGGGCAUCUUUGUCAACCUCACAUCCCUCGGCAAACUCUUCUUGUCCCACAACCAGCUAUCAGCCCUGCCAAGAGGGGUCUUCACUGGGCUCAGUAAGCUCUUGGACCUCCAGCUGGAUACAAAUCAGCUCUUUGCUCUGGAUGAAGAUGUCUUUGCUUCUCUUCCAAAUCUGAAAACCCUCAACCUUCGAAAGAACCAGCUGGAGAAUGUUCCCCAAGGGCUCCUAGACCCUCUGAAGAAGCUCAGCUCAGCGUAUCUGAGUGGUAACCCGUGGAGAUGUGACUGCAACUUCUGGUACCUGCACCGCUGGAUCCUGGGCAACAGGGAGAAGGUCAAAUUGUCCACCCAAGUCUCCUGCAAGAGCCCACCCCACCUGGCAGGGCAAGCAGUAACAUUGCUGAGGGAUGAACACCUGGUUUGCCCAGGUACUCUGCCAUUUAACUCCACACCGUCACAAAGGACGUCAGCAUUCCUGUCACGUGGAACCGUGUCCACAGCAGCACCAACCAUGCUGUCAUUGGCAUCCUUUCCCAUCAGGACACUGCCAGCCACUCGUUCACCUGUGGUCACCUCUGCUGUGUUGCCAACCAUGCCAAUGGAGGCUGCCUUCACCACUCUGUCACCAGCCAAGCCAUCUGAAGUCUUUGUCACCAUCCCACCACCAGCUGUGCUGCAGAAGGCCUUCAGCACCAGCCCAUCAACAACCAAAAAGCCCAAGACCUCCACCACCACAGCAUCAACAAACAGUGUGAUGAAGUCCUUCAUCGCCACCCCAUCACCAACUGUGCUGCCAGAGACCUCCACCACCACCCCAUCACCAACCACUGUGCCCAGGUCCUUCAUCACCAGCCCAUCACCAACUGUGCUACCAAAAGCCUUCAUCAACACCUUAUCACCAGCUGUGCUGCCAGACACCUCCAUUACCACCUCAUCGCCAAAUGUGCUGUCAAAGGCCUCCACUGCCACACCAUCAUCAUCAGCUGAGAUGCCCAAGGCUUCCAUCACCACCCCAUCAUCAGCUGUUUCAUCUUCAGCCAUCGUAAGGCUACAGUCUCCUGGGGCCACCCACCCAGAACCUGUGCCACCCACUCCAGCUUCUGCCACCACACGGGUGCCAACAAGCUCACUGGCAGCCACCACCAGACAAGAGCCUCCUGCUCUCUCAGUGCCUAGGGAGAGGCCAGCCACAGUCCCACGGGGAGCACCCAUAACCCCCCUUGUCUCAGCCUCCUCUGUGGCCCUCUGGCCACUCCCCAGGACUGCUGCUCUAGGCACAGUCCCACUGGCCUCACAUUCACCAUCACUCCAUGCUCCUGCACCAGGCAGGGAAUGGGGCUAUUCCACCACAUCUGACUUGUCCACAGCUGGUGCCCAGUCCACCCCCACUACUCCCCAAGAGACUCCUGCCCUGGCAGGCACUGUCCUGCUCCCAACACCUCCCAUCCCCACACUAUCAGACAGCAUGAGCCCCUCUCCAGCCUCCCCACCCCUGACCCGCAGCAGUCAUCGUGCCUGGGGCUUGUCCCUGUGGACCAGUCCGUGGCAGUGCCAGGUGUCCCUGGCCUUGGGGCUGGCUCUGCUGGCACUGCAGGCAGCCUGCACACUGCUGGGGGGGGUGGUCGCCUUCCUUCUUCACCAGGACACCCGCCACCACCCCGGCCCACCUGUGAGGCUGCUGAGCCUUCAGGCUCUGGCCGCUCCGGGGACCCCUGAGCCAGCCCUGGCACCACCGUGAGCUUUGCUGCCCCUGUAUGGCCUGGGUUGUGCCAGUCCUCCUUUGGGGUUUGCAGCCGUGCUGGCCGCAGGGUGCGCUGUCCCUGGGAUGGGGGUCCCGGCACCCAGGCCGAUCCCAGUGUAGGGGGUCAAAGCAGCAAGGUUGUUUUGGGAUCCUGGCGAUGCUGGGAGCCUGCAAGCCCAUGCGCGGUGUCCCUGCCUGACGGCCUUUCUGACAAGGGACACUAGAUGGCAUCCCGACACAGGCAGUGGCUGCCACCGCCUGACCGCGGCCACCGAAACGCCGGAGCCUCCGCACCCGCCGGCCGGGACCCCGCCGCACCGCGGUCAGGAGCCCCUACCCGGAUCUCCUCCCAUCCCUGGAAGGUGCUUGCAGUCCUUGGAGAAAGAUAUCACAAGGCUUCCUGCCCCGCACCCUGUCUUCUUCCCUGUGCCACGUUGCAGGAUGUGUCCGUGUCUGUACCUCCGUCACACGCAGGUCUCUUCCCCUCUCCCUCUCCUUUUCCUCCUCCCUGAUAUUAAA